GUCAUUCCAUUCAUAAGAUUACAUGGAGUGGGUGAAGACCAAAGGAAAAACUCUCUUCUUCUCAGUCGGGCGGAGUUCCCAACAACGCCAGCUAAACCUAACUUCAACGUCAACUUCUUCAUUAACCCCUCUCGUCUCUCACAACAGCCACCGUCACCUCGGCUGCCAUUACAAUUUACAACAACAAUAAUGUCCAUUGCCGCCUGCUUCUUUGCUUCGACUGUUUCCCUUCCCAACAACUACAACAACAUCAAUAACUUCACCCCAAAACUCAUCCUCCGCCGUCCAUCUCCCCUCCUUCUCCCCCACCACCUCCACCUCCACCUCCCCCUCCCCCACGCCGGCAUCACCGCCUCGACCAAAACUACCUCCCCUUUUCUUGUCUUCUCCUCUGGAGGCGACGGUAACAACAGCAUUAACAACAACAACGACAACAACAAUAAUAAUAACAAUGGUGGCAAUGGUGGCAAUGGGGAGGGUGGAGGAGAGGAUGCGGGAGGCAAGAACGUGGAGGAGGCGAUGAUGGUGUUGGCGGAGGCUGAGAGGUCGUUGGAGAGCCUGCCGAAGGACUUGGCAGCGGCGAUCGGAGAUGGGAGAAUCCCCGGGGCGGUCUUAACGAGGUAUUUUGAACUUGAAAAGUCUGGGUUGUUUCGUUGGUUGAUGCACUUUGGUGGGUUUAAAGAGAGGUUAUUGGCUGAUGAUCUUUUCCUGGCUAAAGUUUUUAUUGAGUGUGGUGUUGGGAUCUUCACCAAGACUGCAGCAGAAUAUAACAGGCGCAGAGAAAAUUUUUUCAACGAGCUGGAAAUAGUUUUUGCAGAUGUGGUCAUGGCCAUAAUUGCAGAUUUCAUGCUCGUUUAUCUUCCUGCUCCCACUGUCUCUCUUCGAUCAUCUGUGGCAGCAAGUGCUGGACCUAUCGCCAAGUUCUUCCACAACUGUCCAGAUAAUGCAUUUCAGGUUGCUCUUGCUGGAACUUCAUAUUCAUUUUUGCAUAGAUUAGGUGCCAUAGCGCGAAAUGGGGCAAAGCUGUUUGCAGUUGGUACCACUUCAUCACUGGUUGGUACAGCUGUGACAAAUGCUUUUAUUAAUGCACGGAAGACUGUCAAUAAUAAUGCUGCUGCUGAAGUUGAAAAUGUGCCCAUAUUUUCCACCAGUGCUGCCUAUGGUGUUUAUAUGGCAGUUUCUAGCAACCUCAGGUACCAAGUGUUGGCAGGUGUUAUUGAACAGCGGAUUUUGGAGCCCUUACUGCACAAGCACAAGCUCAUACUCAGUGCAGUUUGUUUCGCUGUCCGAACUGGCAACACAUACUUGGGUUCAUUAUUGUGGGUGGAUUAUGCUCGUUUGAUCGGAAUUCAAAAGGCUCACGAUGAGGAAAAGGCGUUGUCAGCUGUCAAUGAUGAGCUUUGAAGUCUCAAAGUUGUUGGUUUCAGAAAUGUAGGUAUAAGAUGUCAAUUGGAUUCAUGGGAAUUUAGAACCAUAUAAUAAGGUAUCUUGAGUAUACAUGUUGAAAAUUCGGAAUUAGUCUUGGUAAAGCUGGGUUGUAUAACAAAAUAAUUCCAUAAAUUUCUAUUUUUUGGCAAUUUGUUUCAAA